GUGGUGUGUGUCAUGUUGCUUUAUGAGCAAGCUUGCACUGCAUUUUUGAACAGUAGCACUGAGUAAACCAAACCACAUACGAAAAAUGCAGAUCAACGUAGUGUUUGCCUGUCUGGUGAUAUCAGCAGUCUCUGCUGCUCAGAGUGACUCAACAGUGGCCUGUUAUAUGGAUGCAUCCACGCAGCACAUGCUUUUGUCUGUUGAUCCUUUCUGGUGCACUCAUGUUAUUUACUCCAUUGCUUAUAUUGGUGAUGACUAUGGUUUAAAAACCUUGUCCUUAAAUGUGGACCCUUUUAACUCCAUGCUGAAAAUGCUAAAAGACAGGAAUCCAGCUGUAAAGAUAUUGCUUGGUGUUGGGGUAAAGCAGUCAAGGUUGGAGGUGUUGUGCCAGCAGCAGAUAACUCUUGAUAACUUUAUUAAUUCAACACUAAAAUAUGUGAAGAAGAACAAUUAUGACGGAGUGGAUUUGACAUGGUUGGAGAAUGACACUGAUGCAUCUCUCAUGAACACAAAAACUCUCACACAUUUCAUAAAGGAGCUAAGAGGAUGGAUUGACCAAGCUGCUAACAAUUUAUUACUUGUUUCUGUGUCUCUUCUGGACCAUAGUGACCACAUCAGUAGUCACACAAAAGAUUUAUCACAGUAUGUAGACUUCAUCAGCCUACUUCUAUUGAGCCCUAAUAAUGAAGGGGCACAUAAUGACAGCACAGUGAGUUACUGGCAAGAAAAAGUUGACCCUAAAAAGCUUAUCCAGGCCUUGCCUGCAUUUACAAAACAGCCUCAGAAAAGAAAGAGCAGUUGUAGGUUUCUGGACAUAAAUCCAGAGAGGAAAGUGGAGCAAAUUAAUGGCCCUGCAGUGAUUAUAGCAAAACAGGUUUGCCAGGCUAUUAAGGGUGGACAAAAGGAAUUAAAGACUUUAACAAAACUUGAGAGUGUUCAAAGCUAUGGAGAAGAUGUGCCAUGGCUACAUAAAGGGCUUGGUGGUGUUGGGAUUGCCAUGUUAGACAUUGACAACUUUUUCAACUCUAUUUGUUUCAACUGUACCCAAAGUGAAAAAAUGAUUCUUGAAUUAAAUGUGAUUACUGGGCAUCAUCACUGGCAUGGUCAUCAUAAGCAUAGUCAUCACAGGCAUGGUCACCAUGGACAUUAUCAUCCCGGGAUUGGUCACCGUGGUCAUCAUCAUCAUCAUCAUCAUCAUCAUCAUCAUCAUCAUGAUGGGUAUGGUCACCAUGGGAAUUUGCAUCACAGGCACCAUUACAGACACUAUCAACACAGACUUGGACACCAUGGGCAUGGCCACUAUAGUAAAAGUCAACAUUUUAACAGUCAUCAUGCUUAGAAAGGGCAUUUGCAUCAGGGUCAUUAUUAAAGAUUGAGAGUUUAAAGGCAAGAGCACUUAAUAAUCACUUCUAUUCAAAUAUUGUAAUAUGGCACUACAUAUUUGAUCAAUUAUCACAUAAGAGUGUAGAAUAUUGCUUAAAUUAGCAUUAAGGCAUUGAAUCAGUGAUGCAUAGCUUGCUUAAAGAUGCAUAGCUUGCUUGAUAUCUAUUCAUGCUUUUUCACAAUAAACUCAUUGAUAAUAAACAAUAACUCAUUGCUUUUAGUUUGCUUAUAUGUAUUCUUUUCUAAAUAUUGAUUAUUGUAAUUAGUUUAAAAUAAUGACUCUGUGGACAUUGUUCGGGGCACGGUGGCUUAGUGGUUAGCACGUUCGCCUCACACCUCCAGGGUCGGGGUUCGAUUCCCGCCUCCACCUUGUGUGUGUGGAGUUUGCAUGUUCUCCCCGUGCCUUGGGGGUUUCCUCCGGGUACUCCGGUUUCCUCCCCCGGUCCAAAGACAUGCAUGGUAGGUUGAUUGGCAUCUCUGGAAAAUUGUCCCUAGUGUGUGAUUGCGUGAGUGAAUGAGAGUGUGUGUGUGCCCUGCGAUGGGUUGGCACUCCGUCCAGGGUGUAUCCUGCCUUGAUGCCCGAUGACGCCUGAGAUAGGCACAGGCUCCCCGUGACCCGAGGUAGUUCGGAUAAGCGGUAGAAAAUGAAUGAAUGAAUGAAUGGACAUUGUUCGUGCACGUGUGAUAUGACUAACUCUGACACUUCCCCACCACACCACCAGAGUGUAUUAGAGUUAAUUAUUUCCACACUAUUUGUCAUCUCAUGAUCUGUAUCAGCUGCUUGAAUGUAUUUGAAAAAUCUUGAUGUGCAUGUGCCAUUAAAAUAUGAUAAAGCAAGC